AUGCACCUCACAACCCUCCUCUUCGCAGCCCUCUCCUCUGCCACCCUCAUCUCCGCAGAAAACCUCUACUACCGCUGCGAAUUCGCCAAGGAUAACUCGGGUUUCAUCCAGCAUCCUUAUUGCUGCGAUGACUACGUCCCUGCACCGCAUACGAACAAGGCCAAGGAGGGGAAGCAGUGCACGAAAUUGGAUCAUGUGGUGCAGCAUUGUCCGAAUGGGGAUGAGGUGAAGUGUUGUUAUGAGAUUGGCCCUGGACGAAUCUGUACUUCUUCUGCUAAGGUCCUUACCGAAGCACAGAUUUAA